GGAAACAGUAGUCCACUUAUAUUAGACACUGGCAGGUAGAGACAGGGCACAAUGGCUCGUUUCAGGUGGACUCAAAUCGCACUGUUUCUGAUGCUGCUUCAUUUGAAAGCUAUAACUGGACAAAUUCGCCCUGUUGCUGUCAGAGAUGGAGAUGAGGUCACUUUGACUUGUGACAAUGGGAUACAGGAUCAGGAUGAAUGUAGCAGUACCGCCUGGUUCGUCGAUUAUUCUGUAGGACAAAAGUUGUUGGGACUGGGGCAGACUGGUGAACGAGUCAAAGAUAAAUCAGGCAGACUGCGUGUUACAGCGAACUGUUCUCUGGUUAUAAAGAAGGUCACAGCCAAGGAUGUUGGUCAUUACACUUGCAGACAGGUCGCACAAAUACGGCUUGAACACACUUUUCUGUUUCUGUUUGUUAUCAACAUGACUGAACAUGAGGACAAUGAUGAGGUAAUGUUGUCAUGCUCUGUACCAAAAGAUGGAGAGUGUAGACACACAGUGAACUGGCUAUACGAGGGUGAACGUGUGGCUGAAGACAACAAAGACAUGAAGAUAUCACAUUCUGACUGCUCGGCUACUGUGACAUUUCUCACCUCUUAUCUCAAGCAUCAAGCAAGCGAUUAUCACAAGUUGUUUAAAUGUGAAGCACAUCAUCAUUACAUUGGAAAAGCGCAACUGUUUACCUUCCGCCCUCAGUCCUCAGGUGAGGAUCCAACAACAUCAGUGUUAACAGAAGCACCAACAACAACAUCAACAACACCAUCAAUGACAAUGACAUCAACAACAACAUCAACAACACCAUCAACAACAACAUCAACCACAACGUCAACAACACAAGAAGCUCGUACAGAUUGUUCUGUUCUGAACUACAUAAUGUUGGUUAUGCGUGUGGCUGAACUCCUCCUAAUUACUGUGAUUACUGUUCUUCUCAUCAGAGCUCGAGAGAACCAGAGACCACCUGAUGACAGCACUGUUUUAAACUCAGAAGGAAGCCGAGCAGUAAGGCGUUCAGGUCCAGCAGCCAGUCAGUUGCAUCGUGAUGAAGAUGGACAUGAUGGCACAGUGAACUAUGAAAACGUUGGAGAGCCUUCUGCUUCUGUCAGACUCAACAACCUCCACACCAACAUCAACUCACCAGAGAAAUGAGUCCACUGCUCUUAAGGGUUAAUUCACAGCAUUAUUUAUUUACAUUUGAUGGUGAUUUUUUUGUAGACUGAUCUAUUCUCUGAAUAUGAAUGCAAGUACGUAACAAAAAGGUAACAUAAAAAAAGCUACAAAAAGGACAUUUUUUGGACAACUCUUAUUCAUAUUCUUCUCUUGUGUGAAUAAAUCAAAUCUUUCUUGCGUAUUCUUUUGAGAUUCAGGCCGGUGAGACACUAAAACACUGAUAAUGAAAUGUGACUUCAAGGCAAAUAACGAUUUGAAAUGAAAUCUAAUCAUCACUGAAGACUUGAUAUUGAAAUAUUACUGAGUUAAUUGCACUGAAGGAUUUAAGUUUGCAAACCAUACAUCUGAAUGUACGUUCUCUCUUUGAAACUUUCACUCGUCAAUUACAAUUUGAAAGCCAUCAGAUCGUUUGACUUGACUUUUUAGAUCUUAAUGAAUUUGUGCAAUUUGAAUGGUUUUGUAUACCUGGUAUGUUGAUGGAAUUUGUGAAUCCUUAAAAAUAUACAUACAUAUAUCCUCGAAAUAAAGUUUUUGAAAUUUCACCACAUUAAA